AUGACCAAGGCAAUCAGCAAUUAUUGGAACAUGCUCCUUAGAGGUAUUCGUUUAUUGAGUACCAGUGCCAGUAAAAGCGCAUUUGUAUUUGACAUUGAUGGAGUAUUGAUUCGAGGAAAUAAACCAAUUCCGCAAGCCAAAACGGCCUUAGAGUUGCUUAAUAAAGAGAAGGUGCCAUUUUUGCUUUUGACAAAUGGUGGAGGAGUCACAGAGAAGAAGAGGGCCGAGUUUCUCUCUGAUAAACUUGGAGUAGAGCUUUCUGCCAAUCAGCUUGUUCAAAGUCAUACACCUUUACAGAUCUUGGGAGAAAAGCACGCUUAUGAUCGUAUUCUUGUUGUUGGAGGUGUUAAUGAUGAAGCCAGGAAGUGUGCACUUGAAUAUGGAUUUCAAGAUGUGAUAAUACCUAUGGAUAUAGUGAAACAAAACCCAUCUGUUUCCCCCCAUCACAGAUACACAGUAGAACAAUUGAGCAAAUAUACCAGGGAGGUGGACUUACUGAAGCCAAUUGAAGCAAUUGCGGUGUUUAAUGAUCCCAGAGAUAUGGGAACUGAUAUUCAAGUAACACUUGACCUUCUUAACUCGGCUGGUGGUUUGAUCGGCACACAAAGGAAAGUACCAACCGUUCAUAGAUCAACUCCCCUGAUCCCCAUUAUUUUCAGCAAUGAUGAUUUCAUUUGGGCCAACGACUAUCCCAUCCCCAGAUUUGGCCAGGGUGCUUUCAGAAUGGUUGUGGAAUCCUUGUACAAGAAAAUCAACAAUUGCUCAGAAAUGGAUUCUUUGAUCUUGGGGAAACCGUACGCUAUUCAAUAUGACUAUGCCAAAAAGGCUUUAGCCAAAUGGCAUGUUGAAUUAACCAGUAAACAUGGAAAUGGCCACGUUCACUCUUCAGGCGCAUUUGCUCAAGAAAUUAACAACCCUACUAAUUUACAAUUUAACCGCAUCUACAUGGUAGGAGACAACCCAGCAUCGGAUAUUAAAGGAGCUAAUGACAAUGGAUGGGAGUCCAUGUUGGUUAGAACAGGAGUGUACAAUAAUGAACCUUUGGGGUCUCUCGUAGCGCUGCCUUCUGCUGGAGUACAUGAUGAUGUACUUGAGGCGGUUAAAUACGGCUUGAAUCAAAAGUAA